GAGCAGAGCUUGGUACAGCCCAAAUAGUUUUCAGGUUAAGAAAGCCAGAAUCUUUGUUCAGCCGCACUGACUGAACAGACUUUGUAGGGGUUACCUGGCCAAGAGCAGCAGCAGCAGCAGCAGCAGCAGCAGCAGCAGCAGCAGCAGCAGCGGAGGCAGCAGCAGCGGCAACUGGGAUAACUCAGACAUAGUUUGACACUAUGGGUCCUCCUCUGAAGCUCUUCAAAAACCAGAAGUACCUGGAACUGAAACAGGAAUGCAUCAAAGAUGGUAUACUUUUCUGUGAUCCAACGUUUUUGCCUGAGAAUGAUUCACUUUUUUACAACCGACUGCUUCCUGGGAAGGUGGUGUGGAAACGUCCCCAGGACAUCUGUGAUGACCCCCGUCUGAUUGUGGGCAACAUCAGCAACCACCAGCUGAUCCAAGGGAGACUGGGGCACAAGCCAAUGGUCUCUGCAUUCUCCUGUUUGGCUGUCCAGGAGUCUCACUGGACAAAGACAAUUCCCAACCAUAAGGAACAGGAAUGGGACCCUCGAAAAGUAGAUAAAUAUGCUGGGAUAUUUCGCUUCCGUUUCUGGCAUUUUGGAGAAUGGACUGAGGUGGUGAUUGAUGACUUGCUGCCCACCAUCAAUGGAGAUCUGGUUUUCUCCUUCUCCACCUCCAUGAAUGAGUUUUGGAAUGCUCUAUUGGAAAAAGCUUAUGCAAAGCUGCUUGGCUGUUAUGAAGCCCUUGAUGGUUUGACCACCACUGAUAUCAUAGUGGACUUCACUGGCACAUUGGCCGAAACUGUUGACAUGCAGAAGGGAAGAUACACUGAGCUCGUUGAGGAGAAGUACAAGCUGUUCAAAGAAUUGUACAAAACAUUUACCAAAGGAGGUCUGAUCUGUUGCUCCAUUGAGUCUCCCAGUCAGGAAGAACAAGAAGUUGAAACUGAUUGGGGUCUACUGAAGGGCCAUACCUACACAAUGACUGAUAUACGGAAGAUCCGUCUUGGAGAGAGACUUGUGGAAGUCUUCAGUACUGAGAAACUGUAUAUGAUUCGCCUGAGGAACCCCUUGGGAAGACAGGAAUGGAGCGGCCCCUGGAGUGAAAUUUCUGAAGAGUGGCAGCAACUGACUGCAGCAGAUCGCAAGAACCUGGAGCUUGUUAUGUCUGAUGAUGGAGAGUUUUGGAUGAGCCUGGAGGACUUUUGUCGCAACUUUCAUGAACUGCAUGUCUGCCGCAAUGUGAACAACCCCAUUUUUGGCCACAAGGAGCUGGAAUCAGUGGUGGGAUGCUGGACUGUGGAUGAUGAUCCCCUGAUGAACCGUUCAGGAGGCUGCUAUAACAACCGUGAUACCUUCCUGCAGAAUCCUCAGUACAUCUUCACUGUGCCUGAGGAUGGGCACAAGGUCAUCAUGUCACUGCAGCAGAAGGAUAUGCGUACAUACCGCCGCAUGGGAAGACCUGACAAUUACAUCAUUGGCUUUGAGCUCUUCAAGGUGGAGAUGAACCGCAAAUUUCGCCUUCACCACCUCUACAUCCAGGAGCGCGCUGGGACUUCCACCUAUAUUGACACCCGCACCGUGUUUCUGAGCAAGUACCCGAAGAAAGGCAACUAUGUGCUUGUCCCGACCAUGUUUCAGCAUGGCCGCACCAGCGAGUUUCUCCUGAGAAUCUUCUCUGAAGUGCCUGUCCAGCUCAGGGAACUGACUCUGGACAUGCCCAAGAUGUCUUGCUGGAAUUUGGCUCGUGGCUACCCGAAGGUAGUUACCCAGAUCACUGUCCACAGUGCUGAGGGCCUGGAGAAGAAAUAUGCCAAUGAAACUGUGAACCCAUAUUUGGUCAUCAAGUGUGGAAAGGAUGAAGUCCGUUCUCCUGUCCAAAAGAAUACUGUUCAUGCCAUUUUUGACACACAGGCCAUUUUCUACAGAAGGACCACUGACAUUCCUAUUAUAGUACAGGUCUGGAACAGCCGAAAAUUCUGUGAUCAAUUCUUGGGGCAGGUUACUCUGGAUGCUGACCCCAGUGACUGCCGUGAUCUGAAGUCUCUGUACCUUCGUAAGAAGGGUGGUCCAACUGCGAAAGUCAAGCAAGGCCACCUCAGCCUUAAGGUUAUUUCCAGCGAUGAUCUUACUGAGCUCUAAAUCUCCAGCUCCAGAAAAACCUGACAGCUUUCCACCCUUUUAUUUUCUGUCAGAUGCCAGAUCUUGUCUCAGAUUCAUAAUCUUUAAAAAAAGAAAUUAAUAGUAAUUAACUUUUCCUUUCUUCUGAUAAGUUCCCCAUACCUCCCGAUCCAAGUAGCAUCAGUAGCUACAUAACCUAUAUACCUCCAGCAGCUGGACAGGGGGAGGUGACAGUCUUAUCCAGAGAUCAUAUGGAUGUUUGCCAAGAAAUAUCUCUGGAGCUUCCGGGGGUGAGAUUCAAGCAGGACAACAACAGUUUGGAUACCCUACAGAUGUCUUUGCUGCUUUCAGGUGCCCAAUAUAUCUCCUCUGUAGAGCAUGUUGAGGAAGGGGGAGGGGUGAUCAAGGCCAAGCUGGUCUAGCCUGACAUCCCUGCUUCUUACUGAACACUACAAACAACCCUGAAGCAUUGUAUUCCACAGCCAGAGCCUGCUUAUAAGUCCCCAGCCCUUACACCACCAUCACCACCACCGUCACUCCCACCAUCACCACCACCAGUAUCACUACACCAUCAUCAUCACCUCCGGAAAGUGUAGUCCUGCAUUAACCUAAGUCACCUCCCAUAGUAGGUUUUACUUUCAUGUUGAGGAAGCUUCCUUGGUGCUUAAUCAAGAGCUCGAGUUCAGCGAGGCCUAGAUAGUGGGAAGGGCCUGAGCUCCAGCUCAGUGGAAGCCAGCUGUGUGCCACAAGAGGGAAAACGGAAGAAGCUGCAGUGGGAGACAAAGCCUCUGUCCCCCACCCAUCCACACACACACCUACACUCACACACGCGCAUUUAGGCGCGCACGAACUACCAUUCAGGCCGUCAGUGGGCAAGAGGAAGAAUGUAUAAGUACCACACACCCGGAAAAGAUAAGAAAAUUCAUCCAGGCAUAGUACAGCCAGUUUUGGGCCCCUGACUGCAAUGUGAAACCUCCUGCUGCUGCUAGGUUUACAAACAAGCCCAUUGUCCUGUGCCUCCUAAUGUCAUUGGUACUGAAGAUCCCAUCUGAGGCCUUGAGGCUUUGGUUACAACCCAGGCCCCUCAAGCAUUUUUCUCACUUGGGAAGCUUCCCUCCCUGAGGGUGUUUGUUUGCCCUCUUAUUUUUUCAGUACUUCUACAGAAUUUUCUCUAGAGUCAGUCAUUCCAAAAUGUUCUUCCCUCCAUCUCAUCUAUCAACAUUCUACCCCUCCUUUAAGGCCCAGCAUAAAUGCCACCUCCUCCAUGAAGCCUUUCCUAAACCCCCAAAUCCCCACCUCCAACAAUAUUUCAAUGCUUCUGCAAUGUUAAAAAAAAACCCACAUAGUUGUAGUACCUAGUGUAGUCCAGCACGCAUUCAUUUAAAAAAUAUUUUGUAGAGUUUUUUUUAGCUUGCUCAUUUUCUAUCAUAUUUUUCAGCCUGUGUUACUUCUGCAGUGCCUUCACUACACUGCCUUACAUAAUCCAAACCACAAUAAAGUUCAAAUUCAAUA